AUGGUGCGCAUCAAGGAGCGGUACCUCCUGGUCAACAUUCUCUACCCCACAGAGCUCGGCUCCAAGCGAGGAGUUCCGGACCUGGUCCUGCUCAACUCGCCCACCACCGACCAGCUUACCCCAGGAGCCCUCAUUCGUGCUCUCCGCGCAGAGAUAGCCAUCAACUUUGGCGACUAUGGCUCCGGUGCGAUUGAGGGAGGCAGUCUUUCGAUCAAGUAUCUGUCUCCUUCGACGUCGACUUUCAUCCUCAAGAUCAACCGACCGUACUAUCGGCUAGUUUGGACCGCCCUCACUAUGAUGAAUGCGGUGCCCGUGCGUGACGGCAAGCCGUGUGUUUUCCGCGUGACCCAUGUCAGCGGUACAAUCCGGCGUGCCGAGGAAGAGGCCAUCCGCAGGGCUCGGGCGCUAUGCAUCGCCGUACAGGAAGGACACGAUCGCAAACUGCAGGACCCCCUUGGCAACAUUUUCGGCCAGGCUGGGCGACCUAUGCGCCGUGCCAAGCAGGUUGUGAGCGCCGAAACUUCUGUUUACGACACCAGCGAUGUCGACAUGGGCGAAGCCAGCGAAGGCUGA